CUUUAAACUAACAGCAACUGGCAACUGCCAACUGACAGCUGACGGGAUGUAAACAUUCCGGAUCAGCUGUUUCGCGAAGCACGUGCUCAGGCAAGAACUGUGCGAAAACAGUGUAUAUUUGUUAAUAACGUAUACCGGUAUAAUCCUACAAUUUCAGCAUAAGCCAUGACAGAAAAAAGUACUAAAAGACCACUUAGAAUCUUGUGCCUUCAUGGAUACAGACAGAAUGGCAGUACAUUUCGGGAAAAAACAGGAGCUUUUAGAAAAUUAUUAAAAAAACAAGUGGAAUUUGAAUUUAUGACUUCCCCUUUGGAAGUGCCUCCCCUAGAAAGUGCCGAUGACAAGGAUGGAGGCUCAGGUUGGUGGUUCAGCCGUCCAGAUGACUAUUUUAGAGCUCAGGAUGAGUCUGACUGCGUAAAGGGAUUUGAGGAGUCAUUAGGAGCUGUUGAAACCGCAUUCAAAGAAAAAGGCCCAUUUGAUGGAAUCCUUGGCUUUAGUCAGGGAGGAGCGAUGCUGGGCCUUAUAUGCGGCCUUCAACAGCAAGGAAAACUUUCCUAUUCCUUCAAGUUUGCAAUUUUUGUGUCUGCCUUCAAGUCACGAUCAUUGCCUCAUCAGCAUCUGUAUGCCGAGAAGAUCACUCUUCCAACAUUGCAUGUGUUCGGAGAGACAGAUCAGGUGAUUGAGAAACCUAUGAGUGAAGAACAUCUACAAUAUUUUCAUGAUCCAGAGAUAUUAAUGCACCCAGGCGGCCAUUUCAUCCCAGCUGCUGGAGCGCAGAAAGCAGUUUAUGUUAAGUUCAUUGAAAAAAUGAGAGAGCUGUGUGGCUGAUAAGACCAGUUAAUAAUUUCUAUUUAUGAUUUUGCACAUGCUUCUUUAUAUUUCUUAUUUGCUGUAGCAAACUGUAAAUUGUUUAUUUGACAUCUUUAUAGUCAUCUUUAUCUUUAUUGACAUCUUUAUAGUCAUAUUGUAAAUGUGAUUUAGUAAUGAUUUGUAUACAAAAUUAUUACACUUUUUAAAUAGUACUCUAGUACAAAUAUUAGUUUGCUCAAUGUACUCAUGAUACCACUUAUCUUUUGGUAUUCAUUGAAUGGCAAUAAAAUAAUGGCUUAUUACAAACCAAAUGUGAUGUAUUUGAUAAAAAGGUGAAUAAGUAAUGCUAGUUUGUAUUUAUUAAUAAAUUAAUAGAUACAUUUGUUGAUUGGAAUGUAGAUCCUAAUCCAGGGCCUACAAGUUUAUUGUAAAGAAAUUUUUAUCAAUAUGUCAUAUGUAAAUAUAAAGUCAUAUAUGAAAAUACAUAUGGUGCUGAAAAGAAAAAAAAAAAACAAUAAGAAAGGAAUAUUUCCACUAGGAUUUUACGUCCUGAUGAGGAUUCUAGUCCAACUCAAAACGUCACACUUAAGUAUUCCUUUCUUAUUGUGACUAUGCUACAUUUCGUCUUUGUACACAUUGCUUUCUUUGUAUUUUUUUGCGUAUGAAGUGAUUUUCCCAAAUUUUAGCCUUUUGUCCUUACUUUCAGAAAGUUUAUGUUUACCAUCAUUCUAUGUAUUUUGCUAUAACAAUAAACAGGAGAUGCA